GUAGUCGGUCAUGUCCGGAAUCAUAUCCUGCACUUACGGUUCAUUGACCAAAGGUCGGAGAGCGUAACAGACUGUAUGUGGUUGUCAAAACUCGUGACUCUGGUCAAACGUGUUCCUCUAUAUAAGCUCCUUUCCCGAAAAUAUCGGACAGUCAGAAUCUACACUUCAUUAGUACAAUCCGAGAAAUAUUUGAGGAAAAGAUGGCGGAUAACGCAGCCGAAGCAGCUCUGAAGUAUCUAAGAGAUCCUGCUAUUGCUGCAGGUCUUGGAGCAAUGGCAGUCGCCUCAAUGUAUUAUUUAACUUCUCGUCCAACCCCUCAGCCUUGUCCUGUGGAUCCAGAGAAACAAUCUUACGAGUUACCGGAUGGAGAUUAUGCCAGAAUGAAUUCUCUAACUACCGAACUUGUGGAGAAAUUGUUUGAAGAUGUCAGCACCACUCAUGAAGCAUUCCUUCAUGGAAAGAGAUUAUCGGGUGACAAGCCCUGUUUAGGUUACCGCAGCAGUCCUGGAGGACCUUAUGUCUGGCUCACCUAUAAUGAGGUCUACGAGCGAUCUGCAGAUGCUGGCUCGGGGUUGAUAGAAAUUGGCUCACAAGCAGUGGAUGAUGAACACGUUUUUGUUGGUGUCUAUGCUCCAAAUAAAAUUGAGUGGGUGCUUGUUGAACAAGCUUGUAACAUGUACUCAAUGACUAUUGUUCCACUGUACGACACACUUGGUCCAGAGUCAUGUGUCUACAUCAUCAAUCAAGCCAAAAUGGUAACAGUUGUCUGCGAUGAGAGCAAGAUAAAGGUGCUCCUGGAACAGUGCGACAAAUGUCCCAAGUUGAAGAACAUUGUGAAGAUUGGAUCUGCUGUCACUGAUGAGGAGAAGGAGGCUGGAGAGAAAGUUGGAGUCAAAAUCACUUCUUUUAAAGAAUUAGAAGAAAUAGGAAAAAAUCAUAGGCAUGAGGAAAAGCCCCCAAAGCCAGACGAUCUCGCCGUUGUCUGCUAUACAAGUGGUACAACAGGCAAUCCUAAAGGAGCCAUGAUCACGCAUAAAAAUGCGAUUGCAAUGCUGUCUGGGCUCGUCGAUAUCAUUGAAAAGUGUGGAAUUAUAGUGUCAAGUGAGGAUGUUCACAUUUCUUACCUUCCGUUGGCGCACAUGUACGAGAGACUAGCUCAGCUGAUGCUAUUCACAUAUGGCGGAAAAGUUGGUUUCUAUGGUGGCAAUGCGAGAAACAUUCUGGAGGAUCUGCAAGCUCUCAAGCCAACAAUUUUCGUCUCUGUACCUCGAGUGCUGAACAGAGUGUAUGAUAGGGUAAUGAAGCAGGUGUCGUCCGGCACUGUGAAGAGUUUCCUCUUUAACCUGGCCAUGCGUUUCAAAAAGGCAGAACUAGAGAGGAAUAUAGUCCGUAAAGACAGUAUAUGGGAUUACCUGGUGUUCAACAAAAUUCAGAACUCACUCGGUGGUAGAGUACGGUUUCUUAUCACUGGGUCGGCUCCGCUUCGAGAUGAUGUGAUGAUCUUCCUAAGAUGCGCCCUAGGAUGUCAGGUCUUGGAAGGAUACGGUCAAACAGAGACCACAGCAGCAGCUACGUUGCAGAUGAUAGGAGACCAAACUUAUGGUCACGUUGGUCCGCCUUUGCCUUGUACCAAAAUAAAGCUUGUUGAUGUCCCGGACAUGGAGUAUUAUGCAAAAGAUGGAAAAGGCGAGAUUUGCUUUUACGGGCCGAAUGUGUUCAAGGGAUACUUGUACGACGAGGAAAAGACAAAAGAAGCUAUUGACGAAGACGGUUGGCUUCAUUCGGGUGACGUGGGAGAAUGGCAGCCGAAUGGUACAUUGAAGUUGAUCGAUCGUAAAAAGCACAUUUUCAAGUUAUCGCAGGGAGAGUACAUCGCACCAGAGAAGGUCGAGACAGUUUACACACAGUGUUCAAUGGUUCACCAAGUCUACGUACAUGGCGACAGCAAGAAGUCUUGUCUGGUAGCUGUUGUUGUGCCCGAGAAAGAUCCAGUGGAAAAAUGGGCCGAGAAGAAUGGUGUUGAUGGUGCCAUGGAUUCGUUUUGUACCAACGAGAAAGUAAAUAAAGCCAUUUUAGAUCAGAUGAUUGCAGAGGGCAAGAAAGAACAGCUCAAGUCUUUUGAACAGGUCAAAGCGAUUUCGCUGACACCGGAGAUUUUCACGGUCGAAAAUGGACUUCUUACACCAACACUGAAAUUCAAGCGACCAGCCCUGAAAAAACACUUUUUACAAACAUUCGAAGACCUCUACACUACAAUACCAGAGUAAAUAUUGUAUUAAUACAAGAUAAGUUUUGUUUUAUCCAAUUCUAUUUGUUCUUAUACAAACAAUUCACAUACACGUUUUUUUAAUAUAUGAAUAAUUACUGAUGGAUUUGAGUAUCUAUUUCAAGCAAAUUAUUUCUUGAUUCAAAUACAGUAAACAAUUAGAUAGAAAAGUACUUGCUUAGGUAGAAAACAAAGUUACAGUUAUUGGUUCGAACUCCGGUGUAAAAGUCGGUCGUGUGGGCCGAUGGUCUGCGUGAGAGUAGCCCUGGAGAGGAAUGGUGACUAACGUCCCGACAAUAUGAGGGGAUGACAAUACGAGUGGAAGUCAAAAUUAGUCUGUUGAUGACUUCUCUAACGGUUUCCAAAACGUGUGAAUCAGCCCAUUCUAAGCAAAACUCUCACCCACACGAUCGCUCCACGCCAUCGAUUUUAAAAGCGUAUGUACGAUAAAACAGGAGUUGGAAAAUAAUAUAUUUUUUAAGUCUUUUUCUGCGGUUUUCAUACUGUUUUCUGAGUCACACAAAGUAAUAACUAACCAAUCAGUGAAGCAUAUGCUUCAGAAUUCUCGAUCAUGACAUCAUGGGCAAAUCAAAUGAGAAACCAAUUAACGAUCGCGUUUCUUUUUCCAUUCGAUUUAAGAGCAAACAACAGCCUGUUUUCUGUGAUUGGUUAUGCUAAGUUAGUAAAGUCGCCCCUGCCACAAAAUUUUUCGUUUUUAUUUUAUCUGAUUUCUUUGUUAUCCACUUUCUACAUCGCGAAAUUUAAACCAGUAGAUUGUGGGAUAUUCGACAAUGUAUUAUUUAUCGGUAGAUAGUUGGACAAGAGCGAAACCUCGGGUCAACUUUGAAAAUCGGUUAAAUUAGUUUGCAAGUCUUUGAAUGAAGCUUGGCAAAUAUAGAAAUUUUGUUUGUGAUUUAUUAAAAAUUAUUUAUCGGCGAAAGACUGUUUUAAACUCAUUGUGGUGGACGUUCUUUUACAUAAUAAGAGCAUUGGGAAAUAACACGAGAUUCCCGUGUGAUUUUUAACAAGAACGAGUUUUUUAGCUGUGUAAGGGAACACUUCCAUGUUAAUUUAUAAUGGUGAUCAAGAUUUUGUCUCCGUAAAUUUUAAGUAUUAAAGCUCAAACACUAGAAUUUUUUCAAAACAUUUUCAGCUUUUACAUGCGAUAGUCUCUAGCUGUCAAGUAACUGGAGUUGUAGCGAUAGAUUGAUAACUCAUCAAUCGUCAGAGCAAGUUAUCCUGGAUUUUUACGUUCUUACUUCACCUUACUCGGUUAUUGGUUCAGAAGAAACUCACGCCAGCUUAGCAACCAAUCGAAUGCGGAAAUAAAACCAUUCGUGACUUAGUCCCGCAUAUUUUCCCGCGCUUUUGUAUGUUUCACGUGUAUUUACUUUGAGGUCUCGUUGGCAAAAUUUGAUGUGAAUCUUUGUUUUGAUUGUUUGUUGUGAUUUCUUACGGCACACAAUCGAUGGGUGUUGUAACAGACAUUUUAAAAAGUAGGGAUGGAUUUGAUAUAAUCUGUUUGGGUUGAAUAAUGAUUUUCUUGCGUUGAUUGUUGUAGCUUGCUCAAUGUAAAAUUAUGAAUAAAGUGAUAUGAUUAAAGAAAAUAUAAUUUGA